AUGCGUGAUCCUGUCAGGGAGUCAAUCGCGCAGGUGGACGGGGAUGCAAACACAUGGCUUAUUGGGCCCCUCCAACUCCACUGCAGAAAAGGCUCUUCUGGUACAUUUACCUGGUAUGACGAAGACGACGAUCUCAGUUACACUCUCACCGACGCGCCUGACCCCCUUCCUCCGACCGUACCCUUGGAUGAUCCAAAAUUUAAGUUGGUGUAUGAUGCUGGGGAUAGCUCUGCAGUCUGGUCUGUAGGAAACAGCGCUUUUUGCAAGGUCAAACUAUGCCACCAAGGUAUAACUUCUGAAGCUGCAACACUGGAGUUCGCACAGAAGCUCGUCCAUGAGCAGCAGCCUGAUUUCAAGAUCCCCAAAGUCUUGCACCAAACAGAACACAAUGGCCGGUCUUACCUAUUCCUGAGCAGAGUCCAAGGCCGAACACUUGGGGAUGCUUGGCCUACUCUGGAUGAAAAAUGGAGACAACACUACAUUAAAGCCAUAGUGAAUGUUUGCAAGUUUCUCGAGAGCCAAGAAUGCGAUAAACUUUGUGGCGCGGAUGGAAAAAAUGCUCUUGAGCCAUAUCUUGUCAAAUAUGGUGCGGAAAAGGACUAUUCUCCUGACAACCUCCGACAAGGGUGUAUAUUGAUGGGUAUGGAUUGCUCAAAAUUUGUGUUUUACCAUGCCGACCUUGGCCCUGGAAAUAUCAUUGUUGAAGAUAUCCCGAAGACUGGCACUGUUGGUAUCAUUGAUUGGGAGCUUGCUGGCUAUUUCCCAAGGGGAUGGAUUCGAACCAAGUUUCGGAUAAGCAGUGGACUGAAUCUUCCAGAUACGGCUACGGACAAACCAACUGCGUGGAGGUCGGGGGUUCAAGAGUUGCUUGGUGAUGAUGGGUUCGACCAUUAUGCACCGGAAUGGCUAUCCUGGUGGGAUUAA